CUUUGGCAAUGUUUUGAAGUAUUAUGGAGUGUCAAGAUCCUAAGUUAAUGUUUUGAAUUGUGAUUGUGAUUGUUUGUAUGUAUUAAUCGAGGCUAUGGAUGCAAAUGGUAAUGGAAAACGCAUAGUUACGAAGUUUAGAGACUUGCUAAAUAGACAACGGCAAGAUUCAGAGGGUGGUCCUGAAUGUCCAGAUCUUGAUUUUGUGUACGACGAUGCGGAUAAUAUGAUCAACGAAAUCGCGGAACUGUACAGCUACACAGAACAACCCGAAUUUCAACAUAAUCUCAAGGCGUUUGAAGAUCAAAUGAAGGAAUAUAAGUUAUCUCCAUUUUGGCAGAAGCUAUCGGAAGUCCAGCAAAGAUCUGUUGUAAUGAAACUGCUAGACCAGUUGGAAGUGUCAAAUAAAUCUUUGCGUAUGAAGGCUGCACGAUGUAUACUGUAUUUGGCGCAGGGUUGCUGGGCAGAGCUACAGUCAGACGCUGAACAGCAAGAGUGGUCUUUGAAGAACAUCAUGUUACUCUAUGAAUGUGGGGUUUUAAGCACGUUUGUGGAACUAUUAAAUAUAGAAAUAGAAAACUGUACUUCGGCUGCAACGGACUCCAGAAAACUUACAGUAAGUUUAGCGGAUUCAACAGAUUUGAGAAUUAUACUAAGCGUUUUGUAUUUAAUGAUAGAAGUUAUGCGUGUGGAUCAAGAUGACGAUUGUGAACAGUGGAAAAUAAAUCGUGAAGCAUUCAGAGGUGAGUUGGGAAAUCCCCUGGGGGACGAGCUGCUUGUUGUAAAACUUCUUGGUAUGGUGACACGUUUCUGUAGUGGCUCUGCACCACAUUUUCCUAUGAAGAAAGUACUCCUGGUGCUGUGGAAAACAAUACUAGUUUCGUUGGGUGGUAUGGACACAUUAAGGCAACUUAAACAGCAGUAUCGUGAGCAGGCUGGCCUAAGUGCAACACAAGAUACAAUGGAAGUAGUUCGCACAAUGAGAGCAUCGUCACCACCUGCUAGUGCUGCAGACUUGCUGGAAGCACAGAAUCAAAAAAGAAACAAUCGACCAUUCCGCAGGAGUCUAAUGAAACAGAGUUCACUUGAUGAAAUAUCCGGGAUGGAAUUUGAAUCCUCAUAUCAAGCAGACGAGGAAGUACGUGACUUUGAAGAAAGACAGGCAAUGGAAGAAGCAGGAGAAGUUCCACAACCACCAAGCCCAAGACCGAGCACACCAAUUCCAUCAAAGAACAAGGGCCUUCCGUGGGCACCAAAAGCUCGGCAGAAGGAUCUCGAUAUGUUUCUUGAAAAUACAAGAGUUAAAUUUGUAGGUUUCCCAUUACAAGGCGAUAGAGAAUCACUAGCUGGACUGCCCCAUCCAAUACACGAAGGUGUUGAGGUUCUGAAACAUAACAUGUAUACUUCGCUGGCGGAGAUACAGAUACAGAAAGAAGAAGAAAUUGCAAGAAAUCCUUUAUCAACUGUGGAACCCCCUAUUCCAAUGACACCAACAGAGGUAUUAUAUCAAGGAAUGUUACCAAAUUUGCCCCAGUACAUGAUUGCAUUACUUAAAAUUCUGCUCGCUGCAGCUCCAACAUCAAAAACCAAAACUGACUCUAUAAAUAUUUUAGCAGAUGUUCUUCCAGAAGAGAUGCCAAUGACUGUGUUGCAAUCCAUGAAACUUGGCAUGGAUGUUAGUAGACACAAAGAGAUCAUAGUAAAAGCUGUUUCAGCAGUACUCCUUUUGUUAUUAAAACAUUUUAAAAUCAAUCAUAUCUACCAGUUUGAAUUUAUGUCACAGCAUUUAGUUUUUGCCAACUGUAUACCUCUCGUAUUGAAAUUUUUUAACCAAAACAUUAUUGCGUAUGUAAGUGCAAGAAAUUCAAUUCCUAUUUUGGACUUUCCAGCAUGUGUCAUUGGUGACCAACCAGAAUUGACUAUAGAGAGUCUUGAAAUUGGAGAGAAUCAGCAGUAUUCAUGGCGCAAUAUAUUUUCGUGCAUCAAUCUCCUCAGGAUACUUAAUAAACUAACAAAAUGGAAACACUCGCGUAUCAUGAUGCUUGUCGUGUUUAAAUCAGCACCAAUCUUAAGGCGUACCCUAAAAGUUCGCCAUGCAAUGAUGCAGCUGUAUGUUUUAAAAUUGCUGAAGAUGCAAACAAAAUAUCUGGGUAGACAGUGGAGAAAGUCAAACAUGAAAACAAUGAGUGCAAUUUAUCAGAAGGUUCGACAUCGGUUAAAUGAUGAUUGGGCGUAUGGGAAUGAUCAAGAUGCACGUCCCUGGGAUUUUCAAGCAGAAGAAUGUGCUUUACGCUCUUGUGUUGACAGGUUUAAUAGUAGACGAUAUGGCUCAGGAUCAAGUGACCCUGAAUUUGAACCCAUGGAUCACUGUGUAACAAGUGUGCUUGGACAGCCCUUUGAACUCACUGACUAUUUUAAGCAGCAUUACGAAGUGUGGCUACAGAGUGAAGUUUUUGACAGAUCAUUUGGAGAUUUCUUCUGACAGCAAAGAAUUAUUCUGUGUCAUAAUAGAAUCAAAAUGAAUGAAAUUGAAACAUCAUGUUAAAAAAUAUAUACAUUCAUUUUUCCAUUAAUAUGUCGUUAUGUGUUUGGAAGAAGCAUGGUAAUUAGUUUUCAAAUUUCUUUUUGAAAUGAGGGAAAUGAAGACCAGUGAUGGAUUCCAAAAUUUGCAAUCUUACUGCACUGAUAUUCAUAUCAAGUUUGCCAUGUCUGUUAUACUGCGUCUCAGGUAGGUUAUAUCUGUUUCUACUGCUCUCGCAUUCGACAUGUUCAUUCACAUGUGCCAUCUGGAGAAGAUUCAGAAAAUGUUUUAAUAUUAUUGGAAAUUCAUUGAAUAAUAAUAGUGAUUAAAUUUAUUACUCAUGGGCACUUCCUUGCAAUAGUUCAUACUACCAAGCUUUCUUUCGGAUGCAUGACAUGUGCAUUUAGAAGAAACUUUUUUUUGAUAAUGUAACUGUGAACAAAACUGAAAUAAUACUGAUACUGUUUUAUCAAUCAGUGAACAUUAACUAAGUGACACAUGCAGUGAUCUCUAGAUACCCGUUCAUGAUACUGUAAUGCAGUAUUCUCCAAAUACCAUCUAACAGUUGAUGAUUGAUUGCCCCCCUUGGAAACCAUAAAUAUUUUCUUACGAAUGGCUAUUGAGGCUAACCACAAAAGGAAGUAUUUGUUUUCCUUUAUCGUAAUUUUACCUGACUGUGGUUUUAUGAUGAAUUAAACCCUGUCAUGUAACAUGGUAAGGAUUAUAUUAAGAUCAUUAGAGCAGUUAUAUUUCACUCUCUGACCUACUCUUUAAGUUGAGUCAGUCAUUGUUUUGUGCAGGAUCAAGUUUGAUUUGAUUCUGAUCACAUCCACAAAACGUAAUGUGAAAUGCAGACAUAGGUGUAGCCUGAUGACCAUGAUGCCACAUGAAACUCUUUCUCCCCCCCCCCCCCCCCACACACACACACAAAAACCUCAUCACAUGAAAUUGUGGAACACAUGUUGUAUGUUUCUCUCUUUCCAUUUCUUACACUGCAGUCUCAGUACACUACAGUCUCAGACAGCAGUAAUUGAACAGCAAGUUUUUCUAUAACAUGAUUAUUUAUUAUCUGGUGGCAACAGAAAAGUGUAGAUGUGUGAAACUAUACCACAUUCAAGCCAAUAAUUUUUUUCUUUGCAUUUUGUGUGGCUGUAUUCCUGUAAUGUAGCUUCUAAGUCUUACUUUUGGGUUUCCUGAUUUUUUUUUUUUUAUCUUGAUCUCUGUCGGGCCUAGUGGUCUAGCAGUAAAGCAUGUGCCUUGAACUUCUUCACUUUAUUGCAUUACUUUAUUUAGCCAUUUGUUUCUCAGAUAUAAAUACAAAAGUGCGCAAAAAUCACAUAAGUGAUACUCAUGAAUGUACCUGGCAGGGACAUAGGCCUCCUCAACAGCAUUUGUAACUGAUAUAUCUUCGGAAUGAAGACAUUAUGAUUGGAAGACUACAUAUAAGAAAUAUAACAAAAUGGUGAGAAUGUCAAACAAUGGGGUGCUAAUCAACAACAAAAAGGAAGAUGUAAUGCAUAUGUGAAGCAGCCGCAAUGCACAAGCUGUACUCGCUAUCAACUUUCUGUUAUGUUUUUCCUGGGACUGUGUUGAUUUUACAUCUCCAGCUGGUAUGAGGAGAUAUUGACUGCUGUAUGUUUUUAAUAGUAUCACUAUUUAGAAAACAUGUAAAAAACUAAAACUAUGUAUAGUUUCUGUUAAAAAAAGUACUUGAUACAAAUUUCAAUACAGGUUCCUUUGUAUUUUAAGCAAAAUUCUGUGUUUAUUGCCUCACAUUUGUUGUAAUUGAAUUUACAUUUUAGUAGACUCUAAUUUAAACCAUUUUAUAUGGGUCAUAAAUGACAUUAGAAAGUAUGCAAAAAAUAGAGUACAAAAUACAUUUAAUAAACAUUGUUAAGACCAACACUUUGAUGCACAUGGAGAUUAAUAUCUUACACUCUUGAAGGACCAUACACAAACCGUCUGUUUUACUCUUUAAAUCAACAAACAUUUGCAGGUAGCAUAUGUAGACUUCUUCGUUGCUUAUAUGAUUUUUUAAGUGUAUCAUAGACAAAACACAGUAGCUCACUGGUGAGCAAAAAAGUAUUUUUAAAGGAUGUGUCCACCAUACCUGCAGGGGCAAACGUAUCAGUUUCGUAAUGUUUUCUAAAUUUCUCUGUUAUAAAAUUUCUCCUAUUAUAUAAAAUCUUAAAUUUGUGGAAAAAUUUUACUUUUCACUUUAAAAAAAUCAGCUGAAAUAAGCUAAAAUUUACACCAUGGAGAACUAUAGAAAAUAAUCUGAGAUCCUAACUGUAAUCCUUGUAAUGAUGUUUUAUAUGUAUAGAUGGAAUCUCAUGUUACUGAAGUAAUUGUAACUGUUGCAUUCAAGAUUGUAAUAUAUUUGUAAGAUUGAGAUUUAAUUUAUUGACAAGCAUUAAAGCAGCACAACUUA